AUGUCGGCCAAACACCUAAGCCAAGUGAAAAGGUACCGCAGCGGGGGUCAGGUUAAGUCCGAUGGGGAAGUAGUACCUAGCCCUACCCCCAAGACUGCCAUUCACUAUCAUAACAAAUGUAUCGCGCAUCUAAUCUCCCUUUCCGGCGACCAACUGGAAGCUAGGAUUCAAGACCUGCUCGCUGCAGCUAUCAUUCUUCGCUCCUAUUCAGAGGUAGACGCCCCGUCCAUAGCAGAAGAUAUUGAAAGCGCCGUUCGUCGCAUCCAGAUAUUUCUAGAUCCCCAGGCUAUGUCAGCUGCUUCCGAUUAUGGACUUCGUCUUGCUGCCUUCUGGAUAGCCUUACGUCGAGAAGCUCUCACAGCCUUUUCCAAGCAGCGUGCAUUUUGCAAUAAAACUCCGACUACCGCUCUCACACAGCCUCCUCGGAUGACAGCCUCAGCUACUGUAGGAAUAGAUGGGACAUAUGUGGACAGACUGAGUCGGUACAAGGAGGUAGAGGCAUUCGAUGAUCUCUGGAUAGAACACGGCCCGCCAUUCGUUUACGCCUUUCUAUGUGCACCGGAGGCUCUUCGACCCGUGGAGAUUAAAUUUAAGAAUAUAUUGAAAAGGCUAUGCGGUAUUGCUCUUUCCAAUCUCCGUGUUGCACCAGCACUUGUGACGGCCUCGAUGGCAAUCACUAUGUGUGGAGAUAUGGUUACGAAACGUGAAAAGUAG